UUAAAAAGUUGAAAGUAUAUUAAAAGUUACAUUCUUAAAUUUCUCAUGUGUACGCGCUUUUUGAAAAUAAUGCACUCAGCGCCAUCUCUCCAACAAACAGGGUGAACUACACACUUUUGAAACUGCAGUUUAAUUAGUUCUCAUCUUGUACCGCUAGAUGGCAGAAUAUAAAACUGGAACCCAUAGGCUAAUUAGGAUUAGCCUAAAAUGAUUAAAAAUUGAUGAUAGUAGAGUCAAAAUAAUUCGAAAUUAAUUGGUCUUGUAUUCCUAUGUAAUUUAUGUCAAUAAAAUCAAUUGUCAAGUUUUGUCUGUAGUUUCUCGAUUUCCCCGUAUGAGGUCCUCAACCUCGACUCAACACGUGAUACCACAUUUUUGUAUACAUAUAGUCACACAUUUUAACUCACGUAACCUCAAGUAUUCCUACUUUUGCAAUUUGUUGUUUAUUUAAAAAUGGAGGAAUUAUUAAUAGAAAAGGUCAGAGAACGCGAAGUACUGUACAAUCAUGGACUGCCUGAUUAUCGAGAUCAACACAUUCGUCAGGCAGCUUGGGAGGAAAUUGGAAGGGAGUUACAAAUACCAGGAAAUAAGGCCAAAGAAUCGUGGGAUAAGUUAAGAAGAUGUUUCUGCAAUGCCAGGAAUAGGCGGCGUGAUGACAUAAAAAAUGGUAUGUCUUUCAAAAAAAAAUCUUCCUGGAAGUACGAGCAGCAAAUGUCAUUUAUUAUACCUUUCUUAGAAAGCAGAAGAACACAUGGAAGUUUGAACGAGUCUCUGGCUCUUUCCAAUUUAAACGAGUCUCAGGCUUCUUCUAAUUUGACUGCUGAACCAGAAGAUCUAUCAGAAGGUUCUGAAGCUGAAGAAAAUACACUUCGUCAGUUGGAACGAGGACCCAUUGACUUAGAUACAGAAAAUGAACGAGUUCAGGACAACCAAGCUGCAGAUGAUGAAGCAGCUUUAAAUGAUGAAAGUGUUGAGAAAUAUUAUGAUACAACAAAAGUUUUACGAAAGAAAAACCAAAAAUUACGAAUUGAUAAUCCAGCAGAGCACAUGGUCCAGAUACUGAAAGAAAGCUCUGCAUUAAGAAAACGUCAGUAUGAAGGAAAGAGUACACGGCCACAAACAGCAAAAACAACUAGCCUCUUAGAAACUCUAGAUGACACUGAUAUGUUCUUUUUAAGCAUGUCAAGAAUGACAAAGCAGUUGCCAAAAGUUGAACAGUCGCAAAUUAAGCUUGCACUGAGCAAUCUGGUGCUGUCUGCAGAAGUUAGGUGUAAUCAACAAUCACUUUCUUCAAUUCUCUAUCCACAAUACUCCUUUCAUCAAAAUCUUAUGCAGCAACAAUCAUUUUUUUCGUCUCCAUCGCCAACGCCUAAUAACAUACAACCGGUAACGUCACCGUCAGAAUGUUCAAACAAAGGGGGCGAAUAUUCAAUAGACCCUUUGCACGACGUGAGUUGACAUGAGUCAUCAUAGAUAUCUCCAUAUUUACUUGCACAAAGUGCAACAGUAGUUGAGAAUUCUUGUGGGCUUUAUCACAUGGAAGGAUCUAAGGUAGUGAUUGCAAUAAAAGAGGUACCCAUCAAAUCUGAACAAAAGGAGACCUAAUUAGACAUUUAAGAGAAACAAUGUAUUACAAGGACCUAACAUCAAUGCUAUUGGAGGUAUUACUGUGCUUUUGCAGAAAAAUAACAUAAACAUUUCCUGAUUUUUAUAGACAUCCAGUUAAUAGGUUAAAAAGACUAUAUCAUAAGACUGAAUAACUGAGUACAAAGUAAGAGUAAGCUAGCAUAAGAUACAUGAAUGCAAUAACCUAUGAAUACACUGAAUGAACAGUAGAAUCAAGGUUAGAUAACUUCAAGAAAUCUUCAGAACAAAGUGCAAUGUAGAUACAUCACUUAUAAUAUUAACUCCUGAAUAUACGUUUGUUAACAGGAAUAAACAUUCUACCUGUAAAAUGUAUGCAAAUAUGAACGGAAACAUAAUUAAAAAUGGCAAUUGAGAGGAUAAUGGUAAAA